CGUAACAAGGCAUUCCACACGGCAGCCAUGGCAACAUAUGGCAUGAGACAGCUGACUGCAGGAGUUAUGAAAAUAUUAACGUGAACAACUUUCUCAGCAACUUUUCAGGUGUUUGUUUGAGAGAAAGGGUAGGUUAAACCUGUAGUUAAGUAAGUUACUGUAGUGGCUGUGGCAAGGGCUCGACUGGUAACGUUAGCAGCUUGACAGUUUGACGGUUGACAAAAGAACAUGCGUCAACGGUAAUUAAGUUGAUAAACUUAGCUAGCAGGCUAACUAAGCUGCUAGUUUGUGACCUUAGCGCACAUUUAGGCGAACUGAGCUGUGUCCUCAUGGUGUGAACAACAUUGAAGUUUGCUCGUGACCGUAUUUUGUCACGACUUCGUCAACAACGGUUGCGAACAUGUCCGGGGAACACGCAUCUUUACCAGGCGAUGUGAACGGCCUGCUCCGCGGGAGCCGCACAAGAUCUUACGGCAGUUUGGUCCGAUCUCCGCUCUCUCCGGUUCGCCAGAGACGCAUUGAACACAAAAUCCAGCCAGGAGAGACACUGCAAGGCCUGGCCCUGAAAUAUGGAGUGUCUAUGGAGCAAAUCAAAAGAGCAAACAGGCUGUACACCAAUGACUCAAUAUUCCUGAAGAAAUCCUUGUCGAUCCCUGUGCUGUCAGAGUUGGAUGAUUGCAGUAAUGGGGUGGAUUUGGCUGAAGGGGACAGUGAAGAAGACAAUGCUGGCCAUGCUCCUGCGCAAAAUGGGCACACAGCAAUGAGCUCUUCUGAGAAUAAGCAAGAUGAUGACAAAGAAAGAGCAUCAGACCUUACUCCAGUGGAUUUUUUGAAGAGGUUGGAUGAUUUGAUAAACCAGUCCAAGCAGGCUGCUGUCAAAGGAUGCCAGGAAGCAGAGAAAAGGGUUGCCGCCCUAGAAGCAGCUUGCACCAGCAGGACAUCAGACUGGCGGCCUCUUACAAGGUCACAGAGUGUUAUUUCAUCUUCCAGAAUGCAGCAGCAGCAGGCGGCACAUGGGGCAGUACCCCUCACUAUCACCAAACUCACCAAGAAACUGAAAGACAGGGAAGAUGAAAUUUUUGAACUGUGAUGUGUGUGUGUGUUUUUUUUUUUUUUUUUUUUUUUUUUAAAGAAACUUCUGGAAAGACAUGUUGCUGGGUUUGACCUCCAGGACAGUAGACUGUUACAGAUAAAGGAGUAGAUUCCUUGUGACCCCCCUGCUGCUGUAUGGAUUUAAAGUGUAAAGGUUUUUUCAUAAUGCCAUUUUAAAACAGACCUUGUAAUGUGGAAUUACACAGUCUUUUAACUCUCUUUAAAUGAAUAUUGCACUCUUGUAGCCUUGUUAUUUAUUUGUUGAGAUAUACUGUAGGUUAUAUGUUCAUAUGGCCUACAACUUUGUUUUACAGAGCUUGUUUUCACAGUAGCAGGAAAUAAGAGCGUGAACUGUUAAAAAUGAAAAUCUGCGGUCACAUGUUGGUUUACUCAUAUGACUGUUCAUAUGGUCAACUCAACACGUGGUUGUGUGUUAUGCUACCUCACAGCCUGAUAAUGCAAAGAUGGCAGAUUUUUCUGACUACAACCUUUUAGCCAUGCUAUGUAAAGUAUACAAAUCAUGUUCACUGUAAUAUUAAGAGCACAAAAUUGCUCAUAAAUGGGUCUUUGUCUGUCACUGUUUAAUAAUUAAAAUUCCAAUGUAGCCAAAAUUUAAAAAAAGAAAAAAGACACGUUUGUUAGAAUAUAUUUUGACAGCAGUAUUUUUAUUGUUUGUUAUGGGAAUGUUUUGGUUCAUGGCAGUUUUGUAUAGUUCUUUUUAAAAUAAAAAAGGUAUUGAUCUCA